CCCUUAUAUUACCCAUUGCUCUGUGUGCUUUUUGUAUUCUCCAAUGCUGCGGUUUCUUCGAAAUUUUAAGUAUUAUGCCUGGCAAGAGGUGCGUCGCGGUUGUUCCGUAGUGGCCCCACCGGAUAGGAGUGAUGUGCUUCUGGUGCUGCCAACGGUCUGGCCCUCCGAGCUUACCAAGAGGAUCCGCCCGCUCUCAGUGCCCGACCUGAUCGAGAAGUUCUCCUGCGAUGCCCCUGGCGGACAGUUCGCCACAAUGUCCGAGUACCUGCGCAGCGAUCCACGGCCCGACGGAGUUCUCCUGCCGGAUGAAAUUGAUCUGCACCGAAAAAUGUCCCUGGACGACCUUAAUUCUUAUAUGCACGCGAAGGACGCAUUCAAAGAGCCGCACAGGAAAAACCGCAUAUUUUCGCACGUUCUUGUGGUGGCCGGAGCUGACUCAGCUCGGAGUUACCCCUUUCGGCAGAGGCCUGACUUCCUCUAUCUUUGCGACUGCUUGAGACCAGGGGCAGCAUUGGUUCUCACCCGCAGCCGAAAGCGAAAUACUGGCGCGUUGCUCUUUCUUUCCCAGGAUGUGGACUCCCAGCUGUCCACCAUUUUUAGCCAUAUGCACUACGUGGACGACGUUCUGCCCCUCGCAAUGCUUAAGAAAAGUUUACUCUGGCUGUUAAGGGAUCACUCGCCCGAGCUAUGGCACUUCUACGACCCAUCGAGUCCUGUCAGUUGUAUAGUGCAAGAGGUGGCUAAUGAAGCCAAGAUUCCUAUGGGCAAUCCCCGAUACAUCCUCCAGUACACACGCACCGUCAAGACCUCGCGGGAGCUGAGAGCCCUGCGUCGGGCUAACGCCACCGCUGCGGACUCCAUGGCGGAGGUAAUCGCACAGCAUCAUCAGAUUCCUCAGGAGCUGGCCGCUUCAUUUGACUACAAGUGCCGUUUGCGCCACGCUCGUCCCGACGUGACAAAAACUUCGUGCGGAUUGGAUGGCAAUGGGCUGUGGCAGAUGGACGCUGGAUGUCAGUACGGAGGCUACGAGGGGGGACUGGCCAGAUGCUGGCCCAGCUCGGGGCGAUUCACGCCGCCCCAGAAAAUGAUUUAUGGUGCGCUGUUGGACAUGCGUCGGGAUCUGUGCUCGUUGAUACAGUACGCAGGAUGUGAGGGUGCCGUCCGCACACCUCUGGAACUGCACGCCGCCUAUUUAAUCCUUCUGGCUCGGCACCUAAGGGAGCUCCGCGUGUUGCCUAAGGGUGUCAGCAGUGCAGCCGAGACAGUGGAGUUGGCUCGCAAGUACAACUGCUCCCCAGUCGUGGUCUCGCACGUGGGUCUGGGAAAGCGAGACACCAGUCGCAGACUCCUUGACUAUCCCUUCGCUCCCGGAAACGUGAUGUCGCUGCGGCUGUCAAUCUCUAUUCCCGAUGACUGCUGCCAGGCCUACCCCGAGUUCCGGGGCAUUCUUUGUCAGCUUGGCGACACCCUGCACGUCCGGGAUGAUUACUCCGUGGAUCUACUUACCGCCGCCUGCCCCAGCGAGCCCCAGGACAUAGAAGUCUGUCUACCUGCAAGCCGAACCAGAUCGCAUAGAUUGCGGAAUGACGGUGAUCAAAGUGGAUCUUGUGACACACGACAAUUGCAAAGCCACGGUGACGGCGACUGAGCAAAUACAUUUGCCCAAGGAAUAUCUGAUAAGGGCAGUUAUUCCGCAAAAUCGAUAUCGCGUAUCCACAUCGCCGGUACAUAUAAAUGUGUUGUAUGUUUUGUAUAUAGGUACUAAACGCUCAUUUGUCAUUAAACCCGUUUGCAAUUAAAACCCGCCUCAUUGGGUAAAUCCCCCUUUAACGCUC